GAUCCACGUACACACAUAAGACGGGUUCAGACACUUAAUUAUGUGAAUGGACGUGUGUCCAAAUAGUUGUGUGGUAAUCAUUAUCCUUUACCAUUUCGCCCCUUCUUCCUCUACAAAACCAAAGCCUUGUUUCAAGUUCAACUACCCAGAGAGAGAGAGAGAGAGAUGGGGCGUGGAAAGAUUGAGAUCAGGAGGAUAGAGAAUGCAACCAACAGACAGGUGACUUAUUCGAAGAGAAGGAAUGGGAUUUUCAAGAAAGCCCAGGAGCUGUCUGUUCUCUGUGAUGCCAAGGUCUCCCUCAUCAUGUUCUCCACCACCGGAAAAUUCCACGAGUACAUCAGUCCCUCUGUCUCGACGAAAAAGAUCUACGAUGACUACCAGAAGGCUCUUGGCAUCGAUCUAUGGAAAACCCACUACGAGAGAAUGCAAGAGCACUUGAGAAAACUGAAGGAGAUCAACAACAGACUAAGGAGAGAGAUCAGGCAAAGAAUGGGUGAGGAUUUGCACGGUCUGAGAAUCCACGAACUGCACUGUCUUGAGCAAGAAAUGGCAGAGUCUUUGACAAAUACCCGCGAUCGAAAGUAUCAUGUGAUCAAAACUUCAACAGAUACCUAUAGGAAGAAGGUAAAGAACUUGGAGGAAAGGCAUGGAACUCUCCUAAUGGGCUUCGAGCCCAAAUGCGAAGAUCCACACUAUGGGUUAGUGGAUGACGACGAUGGAGGCUACGACUACGGCGUUGCGUUAGGAAAUGGGGUCUCAAAUAUAUAUGCUAAUUACCGUUCGCAACACAACGACCACUCUCACCUUGAUCACCACGGAGGGGGAUUCGGAUCCCACGAUCUACGCCUCGCUUGAUUAAUUGGUACCAUCGGAGCUAGCAUCUCCCUUCAAUCGGCAAUGUCCUAAAAUCUUAUAUACCAGAAGUACUAUAUGUAGUAUAAGCAUGGCUACUCUUGAUGGCAUAACAUUGUAGUAUCUCGUUUAUCAUGGUGCAUGUCUGCUAUAUAUUGUUGGUGCACCUAUCUCGUUAAUUCGGGAUGAACUUCAAUGUUGAGGAAGUUACAAUCCAUUCUCCGAUUGUCCUCGCAAAUAAAUAGCUCUCGCUCUUCUGGUUGAAAAA